AUGUCGAAUUCCGAUAACCCACCUCGCUCGCAGUCGGGUCCCUUAGACUCGGGCACACCGUGUCUAACGUUCUCCUCGACUGAGUCCUCAGUAUCGAUGUCUUCUGCUGACCAGAGCCCGAAUAUUGUGUUUUCUGCACUGUCUUUCGAAUCGGUGUCCGAGUUUGUGCACUUUGUGCUCCAGAAACUCGAAAUUUGGCAUCAGAAUAAGCUCGAUUUUACGGAGCUCGGUUGUACGGAGUACCUCUUCAUAGAUAUACCUAUUUCGUGGGGGGAGCUCGUCUUUACAGCGAUCGACAAGAAAUUUCGGGUACGGCAAACUUGGGAUACCAACUCCAGAACCUUACGGGUCGUGAUACCUGGGGAAGGCCAUGAUUUUGUACAACAAUGGCUAUCCAACUCCCGCUCUCGAUGGGUUAAGGAUGGGUUGAUCGACUGGGAUGAACACGACCUUCUCGAAGUUCGCGUUGGGACAACUAUCGAACUACCGGCGUCCCCAUUUACAAAAAGCCGAAAGCAGCCAGAGUUUUUCUUCCGUCCAAAGGACAAGCAAUUACUUCCUACGAUUGCGGUCGAGGUUGGCUGGUCGGAGUCCGCACCCAAUCUUCAAAAGGACAUGGAGCUUCUCCUGAGGGGGGUGGCGGUGCCAUCAAGGCACAGAACCGUUGUUGCUGGCACAGUGGAUGUUUGGAGACUCGAUCAAAAUGGCCAACCUGUUAUUGAACAGUCCGAGGUAUGUCAGACAUUCGAUAGCAUUUUCGAGGCAUUGUGGUCUAAUAUCUUCAAGGAGGUCUUCCCCAUUCCGAACCCACCUCGCAUCCAACGACUCGAAGUUACCCGCGGCGAGCUUUUUCAGUCUAUAUUACGACCCAGUCGCAACCCAGAUGAUAUUCUGUACUUCGAUAUAGACUUACUGCGCCGUGAAGCGAGCUACAGCUUUAAUUUGAUAAACCUCUCACCUGCUUGA